AUGGUUGGUAUGUGCUGUGAUUGUGCCGCUGACUUUUGCGAGGUUAUUCUUGCUAUAUUCCUUCCACCAGUCGCAGUCUUUCUUAAACGCGGUUGUAGUACGGACCUCCUUAUUAAUAUUUUACUUACGUUACUUGGUUGGAUUCCAG